CCUUCACACAGUAAUAAAAGUAAAAAGUGCAGGAACUUUUUAGAAGAACUUUCCUUUUUGUGUUGAGUCAACCAUGAACUUAAAUUCUGCUUCAACAUGUUCAGGGUUUAUUUCUAGACGUGCUUUACAUAAAACUGUAAAAAUGCCAAUAAAAGUAAUAAAAUCCUAAAUGAAAUUAAAUGAUUGAGGGCAGAUUUCAGCAGAAGGGAAAUGUUUUCUCGUGGGCUGCCAUCAUACAUGACCCAGCUGACAUGCCUCCAUUAGUUUGAUCAGUGCUGUAGCUUCACCUGCUUGGAGGACGUCAGUAAACAUGUCACCGCUUUGUUGUUGUUUAUUAAACAAACAUCUGCUCACAGCUGCUUGCUUUCUUUCUGGCUCCGAAGCUGCGGACAGACGCGCGAGGAACGUGAGUGUGUUCAUGUGUGAGAGGAGCUCAUCGUUCCUCUUAAAAAUGGCGUCAUGUGAAGAAAAUGAGCUAAAAUAGCUUCACGUUACUGGAGGCGGCAGCGGCAGCUGGACCGGCCCGACCCGGUUCUGCUACCGGAACACCGCGGAGCGUCGGUCCGGAGGGCCAUCAGCUCAUCACCGGAGACAAUAGACAGAGAGAUGAAGAGGAGGAGGAGGAGGAGGCUGCUGUGACUCCCCCUCCUCCCCCCGCUUCUUCUCCUCCCCGUUCCUCCGCGUCUUCAGGCUCAUCAGCAGAGAAAUAAACAGAAGCCGCGCGCAGAGGAGGACGUUCCUCCCUCCCCUCCCCCUCUUCACUAUCUGCCCAUCUUCAUCCAGCCUUUCUUUCAUGGAGAGGAAUUAUCCCGCUGCAGGAUUUGGAGACCUAGGGGCUGGAACGGGAUGGAGUUACGACAGACCACCAAAAGCAAGUGUGUACGGGAGCGCCGGAUCAUCCCAACCAGACUCCGAACUCCUCCACCGGCAGAUCUACGCCCCCCACACCCUCCAAGGCUAUGCAACCAGCAACCACUCUAGAAGCUCGAGACCGGCUGCAGCCUGGGGGGCUGCCGGCCGCCCACUGGCUCUGGAGUCCCAGGGUCCACAGCCAAUGCCCUCUGCCUCCCUCCUGUCUCAGUUUCGGACUCCAUCUUGGCAGAGUGCCAUGCACACGCCAGCCCCAGCGGAGCUCUUUAUUUCAGGGGCACUCCCAGGUUCCGGCUCCCUUCCCUCUUCCUCAACCCUCUCUGCAUACCAAUAUCCUGGCUCCUUUUCUGGACGAUCUUUUACAUCCUCCCUAUCCUUGCAGGAUGCACCAACAUUUAGCCCAGCUUCCAAUGGUUUACUAUCCCCACAUGAUCCUCUGCUGCACAUCAAAACACCCGCCCAAUCCAGCUUGGGCUUUGAGAGGUUGCUGUCUUCUCCAAGCGUCACCUACAGGGGCUCCCAUGAGCCCCAAACCCCUUCUCAGAUCCCUUCCACCUCUUCCAGCUGCCACCUGACCCCUCCCCCAUUCGACCUGUUGUCCUCUCAGCUAUAUAAUGCCUCCAUGUUCUCUUCUGCUCCAGCUCUGCUACCUGCAGCCCAGCCUCAGCCUCCUCCAGAGAGGGAAGUUUCCCGACAGGACAGUGUGAUCAAGCAUUACCAGUCUGCGACCUUACAGCAAUACGCCAGCUGUGGUGGGUCAUCUGGCUACCAGCAGAUAGUCAGCCAACAUCAACAUGCAGGAAUGCCCUGCAGUCCCCUGGAGGAACAGAGCCCAUCCACAGAUCUAAAACCCUCACCACAGAUGGAAUCCCAAACCUAUCAACCUAUAAGCCAAAUUCCCUACACAUCCUCAUCCUCCAACACCUUCGCUUCCUCUACAUCUGCCACAAAGGGACUCAAGACUUCUAACUCCACCAGUGGUUACUCCUCUUCAGGCUCAGCAUCAUCCUCUUCCCAUACCCCACAUACUCCACCAUUAGCCUCCUCCACCACCUCUUCAUCAUCCUCAAGUUCCAAGACAAGCAUCACCUCCUUACCCAGUUCAUCUCAUCAGCAGCCACCUUCUCAGUCAGCUUCAGCACUGCUUGCUCUGCCAGUGGUGUCAUCUACCCUUGUUCACCAGCCAGCCCCUAAACAAUGCCUACCAAACUAUGGCUCUCAAUCAGUCCUAAAGUCUAACUCAGGCCCAUCAGACCAGAGCCCUCCCCAGCCCCAGUCCUACUCCCCCAGCCAGCCCUCAUCUACAAACAGGGCCCAGCCCUAUGGAGGAUUUGGCUCACCUCAUGCUCAGGACUUAAGCUCUGUAGCAGGGGUUACUGGGGGGAAAUCAUUCACUGGUAUUGUCUCUGGAGGACGCUCAUUCUCUGCUGAGAUAGUCUUUAAAGAUUCAAGUUUUGCUUCAGCCUCUCUCAGAACAGCAGGCAGUCCUUCCUUAGGGUAUGGGAGUGAAUCAACAAGGAUUGGGCCUGCCGCACACGACGAUGGAGGUGGUUCUUCAGGAUCAGGGAGUGGUGCUGCUGGUGUUGGAAAUGAAAGUACCAGCUCUUACCACCUACCUGAGUCUCGUACGUCACCCUCUGUCAGUUAUCCUGCAUUGCACUCUCCUGCUGCUGCUCAUCCAGCACAAUCCCCUGGAGGCCCAGGGGCCACAAAGUACCACUCCUCCAUCCUAUCUCCUGCUUACAUGUCCUCACAGCAAGCUUUUGCUGUUACACGGCAGAUUCAGUGCCAGUCUUACCAUGUAACGCAAAACAAGCCAAAAACAGAGAAAGACAUGUUGCCAGAUAAGCGCUCCCAAAACCGGGAAGAGGACAAUGAUUUCCUAAUCAGCCACUUACUACAUCCUCAGAGCUCUGCCUCCCUUCCUUCCCAGCAUCAUUCACAUCUUCAGCAGCUCCCCCAGUCCAUCUCACAGGCCAGGGAUGCAGAAGGCAAGGACAUGACCUAUGAUACCAACAAAAUCUCAGAUGAUCAGUACCACCCUAAGAGUGUGAUUUGUACCAAUAACACUGUCAGCAGUUUAGGUCUUGGAAAUGCAGUUAGUGACACAAGUGGCUUAAAUGGGCAGUUAGAAAUAUCUCUGAAGAAACAGCAGACUAAGUCAAAGUUGACAGUGCCAAAAUCCCAUACCACCGACUCCCAUCCACAGCCACAUGAGUUGGGCUCUGUGGUCCAUUAUGGAAGAGGGGGUCCAUAUACGCAAAACCUACACUCCCAGCAUCCUCAUCACCCCUCACAUUCACAACAACACCCCCAACAAAUCCCAGAGCCUUUCCGAUACACUCAUCAUACACAGACCUCUCAAAGCCAUCAGAGCUCGCACUUGCUCAGCCACUCUCACAUAGAGCUGAAGAAAACUUCAAACACAGGUGACACUUCCUACUUGUGUAACACAGCAGAUGUGCAUGCUCAGCAAAGCCAGGCCCCCCUAUCUUUGAUGGAUUCAUCACCAGAUCCUCCUCAGCCAGCUCACAUGAUGCAGUCGGUGCUCUCUCAUACCACUCAUGCCAAGAUGGACCCUCAGCAAGCACUUACACAGCAACAACUGCAGCCUGUGACGGAUUCAGCAGGAAGAGCUGAGGCUGUGAGGGUGGACCCUCACCCACAGAAGCAGUCCUCACAGCUGCAACUCCAGCUCCAGAACCAAAUUUUAGAUCCCCACUACAGCCUUGCAGCCCAAACAAGAGAUCAGACUCAAGCCGUUCAGAACUCUGUGUCUCGUAUAGACGACAGUGGAGGACCAAUGGACAGAACUGGGGUUGGGGUGACCGUUAGAGAUGGAGAUGGUGGAAACCAGCUCAGACAGCAGCACAGAAUCACUCCCCACAACCACCCCCAACAACAGACCUCAGAGCUCCAUGACUUUCUCACAGAACCAGAUUUAGGCAUAUCUACACCUUCACACCUUCAUCAUCUCAACCAGUCUUUGGUCCACGGCCACUCCCAUGCUCUUCAGGAACAACAAGUACACAUCCACCAUCAGCUGCCACACACCCAGUUAUCCCACACACACACAUCCCGGAUGACAGUAAAUAUGGAGGCGCCCCAGCAACCACAACAAUCCCAACCAAGGCAGCAUGAAGCACAACUGUCACACUCACAGUUAGACCAAUUCAAAGAGCACCAGUUUGACACAAUAAGCCCAGUGGAUAAAGUAGGCCAGAAUCCAGUCCAGCAGCAGCGUUUUGCAUCUCUAACAUCCAUCUGCUUUCCAGACUCUCUCUUGCAAGAUGAAGACCGCUCUUUUUUUCCAGAGAUGGAGGACAUAUUCUGUUCAUCUGAGUAUAAGUCCAGCUGUGCUGAAGAUUCUGGGGCUAAACUGGGUGGUCAGGAAAACCUUAGUCAAGGUCAUGGGCGAGUACAAGAGGGUACCGAGGCCUUAAAAGCAGGUAGCGCUGGAGAAGAAUACGAUAUAGUUGGUCAUCGCAGUGAUCAAGGCUAUGGGCCGUACUGCCUCAACCGUUCAGGAACAGGAACUGGUAACGUACACUUAGACCUUGAUUCUCUGAAGACCCACGAGCUUCCUUCAACUGUGAACACUGACCAGCUUGGUCUUAUCCAGUCCCAAACACCCUCUAUGGGGCUGGGUUCAGCAGCUCAAAGAGAUGGCUCAGACAGCAAGCUGAUGGGAAACGUGGGCGGAAGCUCCAACACCACUGGUCUAACCUCACCUAUCUUCUGUUCGUCUCGACCCAAAAAGCUGCUGAAGACCAGCUCAUUUCACCUGCUCAAGCAGCGGCGGGAACCACAACACCAAACAAAGAAAAACUAUGCUCAGGAGUAUGAGUUUGAAGAUGAUGAAGAUAAAGCUGAUGUUCCAGCAGACAUUCGCCUCAACAGUCGCCGCAUUCCUGAUCUCUUGCCAGACUUAGUGUCUAAUUGUAGGAGGGUUGCUGGGACUCCAGGGGUAAGUUGUCUCAGUCCAGUGAUGGGUGACUUAGACUUCUGUCAGACUUCCAGCUACUGCUCCCUUGGACACACGCCACAACUCCUCCCACAUGAUGGCCCUAAAAAACGAGGCAGGAAACCAACUAAACCAAAACGUGAAGGCCCUCCUCGCCCUCGAGGUAGACCACGCAUACGUCCCCUUCCCGAGCCCCCUUAUUGCCGGGGGAUGGUAGGGUCAGGGGCUGGUGAAACAAGAAGGGGACGGGGGCGGGGACGGGGACGUGGUAGACGGGAGGCAGGGCUGAUGGGCAGUCAUCGAAAUAUGAACAAAGCACAAAGUCUCACAUAUCAUCAGCAGCAACCAUACACCCAACAACAUUACAGCCAGCAGCCAGACCUUCACCAAGCUCCACAGCAGCAGCUGGAGCAUCAGCUGCACCAGCAGCAGCAGCAGCAGGUUUCCUGUGCCCACCACCAGCUCCACCAUCAGCAGCAUUAUUACCAACAGCAGCAACCAUCACAGCAAGAUCCAGUCACACCUGUCAAGAUCAAACUGCCUGUUUCCACUUUGCUGCCAUCGGAGUCCUUGUUGAGGACAGACUCGCUGUCCAGCAGUGAGCCAGUUCUGUCUGAUGGAUCCGUGGGGUCAGCGCCAUCUCUGGGUCUGAGUCCAGGUCCAAACACUACCAUGGACAUCAGCAGAAAUGAUCUGGACCUGACACAAGACAAGAUGAUGAAGCAGGAGCAGAGAGCUGCAGAGAUGAUGUUAGAUGGAUGGAAAAAGGAAAGUGAGGACCCUCUGAAUCCUGAAGCCUGGGCUGCUACACAGAAGCUCUCCAGUUUAGCUGAUGACUUCAGACCUGGUUUCAUGGCCUCCUUUUUGGAUUUCCUGAAGGUGGGGAAAAAACAGUCUGACCAUGAACCAGGACAUGAUGGAAGUCAGCACGAUGCUGUAGACCCCUGCUCUUCUCUCAGAGAAGGUAUAAGACCCUUAUCUCCUAACUCUCUGCCAGCAACUCCUCCUCAGCAGCUCCCAGGAGCCUUCAGCAAGGAAGGUCAGGGUGGGGGGGCCGACCUGGCCCUCAGCGACUGCUCCAGUCCCUGCAAGCCUUUGGAUGAGGAGCUGAAGGGAAACCUGGAGGCCCUUCCAUCCUUCUCCUCUGAUGAAGAGGACUCGGUCAGUAAGAACCAGGACCUGCAGGAGAGCAUCUCAUCCGCCAUCUCUGCCCUCUACGACACCCCCCACUCACUGGCUGCUGCAAUGGCUUCUGCAGUGAUGAAGGCCCAGCCCACCUUGUCCCCAGCCACGCCUCAGGAGCCUUCUCUCAGCUAUCCCCUCCCUGCCAUGCCUCCUCUCAUCCCAACGAUGGACAAUACAAAAAAGGACACGUUUACGCUCGAUCAGCACCACAUGGAGGGUGAUGAAAGGCAAAGACCGACCUCCCCUGAGUCAGAGAGAGACCCGACAGAGGAUGGAGAACGAGGACCAGAAGGGGAGGAAGAGAAGGAGGUGGGGAAUGGAGGAGAGGAAACCAGAAAUAAUGAGGAAAUGUUGACAGAGACACAGAAUGUAGAGGAGGAAGAGAAGGGGGAUGAGGAGGAGGAUGAAGACAGGAUAUCUGAAAUGUUGGAGGCUCCUAAAGCUGAAGAGUCUCCAUCCGAACCUGCCCUUGCACUUCCAUUCCCCACUGUCUCCCCCUCACCCCCAACCUACUCAUCCCCCUUGCCCCUCCCUCUCCUCUGCUCCUCUGUAACCACGACAAUGCCCAUCCAGCAAGACAAGGGAGAAGGACGUCCGUAUCCUCUGUCUGAGCAGUCCUUCUACCAGCCGCCUCCGACCGCAGGAACGUCCCCGCCCCCUUCCACCUCCCCUCCGCCCAUCCCAUCGUCACCCCUUUCCAACCUUCCCCACUCUGUUCCCCCUCCAUCCACCACACCUCCCCCGUCAUCCUCUGAUCAAGACCAGGAACCUGAAGUUGGACAGGCUUCCCCCUCUUCUUCUUCUCCAUCUUCUUCAUCAUCGUCUGAACCCCCCUCACCUCCGACUCCAGACGAAGCCCCAGCUUCCCAGCGCCUCACCUCCCUCCACCUGGCGAAGAAGCAGGCUGAUGCCGCCAUCGCCGGGGAGAGCGAAGAGGAAGACAGCGAGAGCGGUGGCGAGGGAAUCUUCCGUGAGCGGGAUGAAUUUGUGGUUCGGACUGAGGACAUCGGGACUCUUAAGAUGGCUUUGCAGACCGGCCGGGAGCCCCCCCCGAUCUGGAGGGUGCAAAAAGCUCUGCUCCAGAAAUUCAGCCCAGAGAUCAAAGAUGGUCAAAGGCAGUUCUGUGCAACCAGUAACUAUCUGGGAUACUUUGGCGACGCCAAAAUGCGCUACCAGCGUCUAUACGUGAAAUUCUUGGAGAACAUCAACAAGAAGGAUUAUGUUCGAGUUUGUUCUCGAAAGCCGUGGCACAGAGUGGGCCUGGCCAUGAGGCGUCAGUCUCUGGCUAUACAGCUGCAGAACAUUCACAGUCAAAACCAACCUCAGAUGGAGAAACAGAAAGAGAGAGACAUGAAGAAGCAGAGAGAAAGACAAAACGAAGAAAGAAAGAGAGAACAGCGAGAGAAAAUGGAAAAGAACCAUAUGGAAAGAGAGAGGAAUGAAAAGAACGAGCAGAGAGAGUGGGACAAGAAAGAGAAAGAAAAGAUGACAAAAAAAAAGGAGGAUAAAAUACAAAAUGAGAUAAAGGUGGAAAGGGAGACGUUUGAGAAUGAACAGAGCGAGAAAAGAGAAAUGGAGCAAAAUGAGCAAAAGGAAAGGGAAAGAAGGGAAUAUGAAAGAGAGAUGAAAGACAUAAACAGAUCGAACAGAGAGCAGAAGGAGAGGGAAAGAGAUCAUAAAGAGAUGGAAAAGAAGGAGAGAGAGCAGAAACAGAGGGAGAAAGAGGAGAAAGAGUUGAGAGAAAAAGAAAGGGAGAAAAGCCACACAGAGCAAAUAGAAAGAGAGAAGCAGGACAGAGAGAAACAAGAAAAAGAGAGAAGAGAAAAGAAAAAACAGGAAAUAGAGAAAAGAGAGAAGCAGAGAGAAGAUGUGGAGAAAGAGAAACGAGGGAUAGCAGCACGAGACAGGAGAGAGAUCACUCUAGAGGUUUCAGGACUAAAAGAAGAGAAGAGAGGAGGAGAGAAGAUGAAGAGUCAGUCAAGAACCCUGACUGAACCACCACCAAAGAAGAGGAAGUGGCUGAAGGAGGUCCGGUCCUCCUCAGAGUCAGACUCCUCCCCACCCAGCGAUGAUGAGGGAGCAGCACGAGGUGGACUGAACAGCCGAGUGAUGAGGGAGAUGUUCAGGAGCUAUGUGGAGAUGCUGGUCAGCACAGCUCUGGACCCUGAUAUGAUCCAAGCUCUGGAGGACACUGAUGAUGAGUUAUACCUCCCGCCGAUGAGGAAGAUUGACAGCUUGCUGAGUGAACAGAAGAAGAAGCUGCUGAGGAGAGUCAACAUGAGCGCCCAGCACCAGGAGGCUUUACAUGUAUUCCCCAAAAUGACAGCAGACCCUCUGGAAUCUGGUUCUGUCAGAGUCCAUCUUGGCGGAGACGGUUACAACCGUAAAACCCUCAACUGGGUCAAGAAGAGUUUUCUGAAGCAGCAGGACAUGAAGCUUUCUAUUGAAACCUGUCGGAUAUAUAGCCUGUAUCACUCUCUUCACCACUACAAGUAUCACACCUUCCUGCAUUGUAAGAAGGAGACGGACAGUAUUGAGCAGGCGGCGGAGGACCCUGGCCAGGAGGAGGUGGUGCAGCAGUGUAUGGCCAACCAGGGCUGGCUGGAGAGCCUCUUUAGCUCCUUCAUGGAGCUUGUCAACCUUAGCGCCAAGGCGUGAAGAAACUCCAACAUCCUCCAACUGUGAAGAAGCUGCAGGUGUGAGAAGCGUUUGUUUUACGGCUGAGUCCAUCCUGACUAAAAGGGUUGUCCUGCAACGUGAAGGAUGGUGAACUUUGUUGACUUUUGCCCAAAAGACCAUUUGAUCAGCACUACAAAAGACAUUUUUGUCAAGAACUUUGUGCACACAUUGAUAAUUAUUGAUUUGUAUAAUUUAUACAAGAAGAUUUUGACAAAUGGCCGCCCUGACGUGGGGUUAUGUGUUAUUCAUUUGAAGAGGUGUACAUAAAAUGUUCCACCUACAUUUAUUACUUCUGUGUGACCUGCAGAGUUAAAACCAGGGAUGAAUUUUAUCAGAGCGAGGUGGUAAAGGACUAUGUGAUAGAUGCUUUAUGCCUCAAGUAAAGAAAAACACCAGUUAAGAGUCUAGGGAAAAUGAAUUUCACGUUAAACCAUCUUCUUUUUCUUUGCUGAUGAGGGAGAAGGUUAAUGCCCUAAGUGAGGAGGAAUGAAAAAAAUCAAAUCUUCUUAAACAAAAUGUGAAGUGAAAAGAUCCACAAGCCUAAUGUCGGUGUUUUAACGUUGGUCUUUUUAUCUGUCUGUUGUUGUUCGGUAUCUCCUAUCCUCUGACCUCUCUUCGUGCUUUUUCCUUUUUAUUUCUUUCUGAUGUGUAAAUAUUGUACAGCUACUUCAUUCUCUACUUGCUCUUCUGUAGUUGAAAUUCCUGCAUUUGACAUAUUGAAAUUAAACUGUUCAAACAA